CAAACUUUGUGUUCCUCACGGGAAGAUGAAGAGUGAUUCAGAGGAGCCACAAUGGAAGAAAAUACAUUCUGUAGCAGGAGUAGUUCCUCGGAGCAGACACGGACACCGGGCAGCUGCGAUCCGAGAGCUGAUGAUUGUGUUUGGUGGAGGAAAUGAAGGAAUAUCAGAACACCUCCAUGUUUACAACACUGUGUCCAAGCAGUGGUUCCUGCCUGCAGUGUGGGGUGACAUCCCGCCUGGCUGUGCUGCCCAUGGCUUCGUCUCUGAAGGCACCAGGAUACUGGUUUUUGGGGGCAUGGUUGAGUUUGGGAAGUACACAAACAGCCUCUACGAGCUUCAGGCUAGUCGCUGGCUGUGGAAGAAGUUGAAGCCCAGAGCACCAAAGAAUGGCCCGCCUCCCUGUCCUCGGAUUGGUCACAGUUUCACGCUUGUGGGAAACAAAUGCUACCUGUUUGGAGGGCUGGUCAAUGACAGUGAAGACCCCAACGGCAAUGUACCAAGAUACAUGGAUGACUUGUAUGAGCUGGAACUGCAGUCAGUUUCGGGGGCACGGGGGUGGAGCAUCCCAGAGACGAAGGGGGGUGGUCCUUCAGCUCGGGAGUCUCACACUUCGGUCGCCUACACUGGUCCAGGCUCUCCGAAGCUCUACAUCUUUGGAGGGAUGCAAGGGUCCCGGUUGGAUGACCUCUGGCAGCUCGACCUUGACACCAUGGUUUGGUCCAUGCCUGAAACCAGAGGUUCAAAGCCACUUCCCAGAAGCCUUCACUCUGCAAAUGUCAUUGGGAACAAGAUGUACGUUUUUGGUGGAUGGAUUCCCGUUCCAGAGUCUGAAAAACACAACCCUUCAGGAAAAGAAUGGAUCUGCACAAACUCUUUAAGUGUGCUGAACUUAGACACGAUGAGCUGGCAGGACCUGGGCCCGGAGCAGCAGGACGAUAUCGAGUCCCAGCUCCAAAGCCAGGGACCCCUGAGUGAUGAUCCAUAUGCCUGUGGGCCUGGAGCCAGAGCGGGCCACUGUGCUGCCACUGUCGGGUCCAGGCUUUAUAUUUGGAGUGGCCGGGAUGGAUACCGUAAGAGCUGGAACUACCAGGUCUGCUGCAAGGACCUAUGGUACCUGGAGACCGACCGACCUGCCACCCCAGAAGCCGUGUUACUCAUCAAAUCCACAGUCAGCAUGCUUCAUGUAGCUUGGCGCCCCCUGGCAGCGGCAGACUGCUACAUCCUUCAGAUCCAGUCUGUGCGUCCUCCCAGCACUACCACCAGUGAAGCUAUAGCCAAACCAGCAGAUCGAACUAGAGCAGAUGGACAGCAGGGGAAGGAGAAGGACUCUGCUGGUGUCCAGUCCCAAACACAAACUGAUGGAAUCACUAAUAAAGAAGCAAAAACAUCAGCACAGGUUGCUUCAGCCCAGCAGGAAACUACAGACAAAUCCUCCAAUGGAACUGCAGAGAGCAGAGCAGAAGGAGGGAGGAGUACUGAGACAAAGGAGGACAGUGCUGGACAGCAGACAUCUAAAGCAGAAGUCAGCAGCUCAACUCAACAGCAGACAGAGAAGCAGACGGAUUCAAUCGACAAUACAACAGAGAUGUACACCCACGCUGAUCAGAAGAAUCCAGAGGAAUCCGUCUGGUUUGAUGUCGGUGUCUUCAAAACACUCUUCUCAGAGGUCCAUCAUUACUUUCUACCUGCUGAGAGUGAGCAAGUGACUGCUGCCCUCAGCAGCCGGAUCCCAAAUCCCAAAGAGAAGAAGCUGCCCGGGCCUCAGGACUACGAUAGCAGAGAGAAGCGGGACCUGAGUCCGGGUCAAACCUACAGGUUCAGAGUUGCCGGGAUCAACUGCUUUGGACAGGGAGACUUCAGUCCAGUCAGUGAGUUCAAAACCUGCCAGCCUGGCUUCCCUGGAGCGCCCUCUGCUGUCAGAAUAACCAAGGGCAACGAUUCAGUCCACAUCACGUGGGAGGCUCCCUCCUCUCCAUCGGGACGGAUUCUUGAGUAUUCCAUGUACAUGGCGGUGAAGAAGAGCCGCUCUAGCAGCUCAGAGCGUCCUGGUCAGAUGGCCUUCAUCAGGAUCUACCGCGGCACCAAGAUGUCCUGCUCGGUCAGCUCCUCCCACCUGGACAACGCCCACAUCGACUGCUCUGCUUCCAACCGGCCAGCUGUUGUUUUCCGCAUAGCUGCCAAGAAUGAGCAGGGCUAUGGCCCAGCGACGCAGAUCCGCUGGAUUCAAGAUCCCAGUAAAAUAAAAGCAUCGGCAUCCAAAGCAGACAAAGAUGAAGCUGAGCAGGAUGCUGCUGACAGCUCCAGUUGAAACUGUCUGGACCAGUGACAGCACGUUUUGGAGAAGACUAUAUGUGCACUCAGGAAGUUGGCAUUGAACACCACUCAGAUAUUGUAUAUUUCCUUGAUAGUUUUGUUAAUUUAUUUUUUUUAUGUAUUUAAUUAUCCACUUGUAAAUAGUUAAUUUGCAUAGAACCAUAACCACUUAAAUGAGCUAAUGCUUUUUUUAAAGUAAUCUUAUGUAAUAAGAUGUAGAUGAAACUACAAGUGCGAUUUAAAACCUGUCAAAAGGUGGAGGUGCCUUAGAGCUUUCAUGGAGUUCGUUGUGGUUUUAAAGAAAUGCAGACUGUGAAAUGAGCCCACAGUCAGGGACCAUCAGAGGGGACAUCUAACUUUUAUUUGAACUACUUUCACACUGAGAUUAUGAAAUACAGGUGUAUCCCAAUCUCUAAAGUGGACUUUUGUUUUAUAACCAGCUCAUUGCUGUCAUCCUUGUUUAGUUGAAGAAGUUUGUUUAUGUACCAAGCCUUAUGUGACUUCACACAUUGUCAGUAUUAUUAACAUUGCUCGUUUCAUGUUUGUUCGUGUUGCUUUUCCUUUGUUGUCAUUUUAUCACAAGAUUGUUGACAUUGUUAACAAAUUUAAGUUAAAGAAAAUCAGAUGUAAUUUAAAGGAAAGGAAUCUAAAUUGUUACAUAUACUACAUGGAAACAUCUGCAUGUUAAGUUUAUUUUUGGUUCUGGUUUAUCCAUUAAAAGAGCAAGAAGUUGAAUCAUCA